UUUAGUAGAAAAAUCAAAAUGAAUUUUACGAGAAUCAUAUUUUUCUUGUUCGUUGUUGUUUUCGCGACCGCAUCAGCGAAACCUUGGAACAUCUUCAAGGAAAUCGAGCGCGCUGUGGCGAGGACGCGCGACGCCGUCAUCAGCGCGGGUCCGGCGGUGGCGACGGUGGCGGCAGCUACCUCCGUCGCGUCUGGCUAGAUCCAGCACACCGGUCCCCAUCACAGCUCGCAGACUGACGUGACCAGCUUGAACCUCGCACAACUAUUUCGGAACAGCAUUUCCCCCUGUUAAUUAA